GGAAAUGUCAACUUCAGUUGUCAUUUAAUAUUUAUUAAAGAAACUAAACUUAUGCAACAGAAUCGAAUUAAAAACUUAACAAGAAAGUUUUCCAGCAAAUCGAGCGACAUUUUCCGAUUAAUAAAUAUUAAAUAAACUCUACGCAUCGAAUUUUUUACGGUUGUUAGUGAGGCAGUGACGUUAAUAUAGGAUAAAGAAAAAGAAGAGGAAAAAUGGAAAAUUGAAGUGUGUAUAAUGCCAUAAAAACUUUCAAAAUUCGCUAUUUUUCCAAAUAAAAAUCCGCCGAGAAGGUAAUAGCACGAUCGACUGGUAGUUCCUUUAUAGCAAAAUAGAGCGAAAAUGGCGAAUAUCGCAGCACAGAGGAUAAAAAGGGAGUUCAAAGAAGUGAUAAAAAGCGAAGAGGUAGCAAAAUGCGCCAUCAAAUUGGAAUUACUGAACGACAGUUAUACGGAGUUGAAAGGGGAAAUCGCAGGCCCACCCGACACACCUUACGAAGGCGGCAAUUUCGUUUUAGAAAUUAGAGUACCCGAAACCUAUCCGUUCAAUCCCCCCAAGGUCAGGUUCAUAACGAAAAUCUGGCACCCGAAUAUAUCUUCCGUUACCGGAGCCAUUUGUUUAGACAUUCUCAAAGACCAAUGGGCGGCGGCGAUGACGUUGAGAACGGUGCUGUUGUCGCUGCAGGCGCUCCUUUCGGCCGCGGAGCCGGACGAUCCCCAGGACGCCGUCGUCGCUCGACAGUACAAAGAGAACCUGGAGAUGUUCAAAUUGACUGCCAAACAUUGGACCAACGUCUACGCCGGCGGUCCGUUCGUGAAUAGCGAUUGUGAUGAUAAAAUCAAAAGGUUAAUCGAUAUGGGUAUCGAGGAACAUCAGGCGAGAGUGGCCCUUUCUUCAUACAAUUGGGUGCUCGAAAGGGCCACUGAACAAUUGUUCAGUUAGUGAAGGAUGUGUCGCUGAUCGUUUCGUUUCUCUUCUUCUUCUUCUUCCGCUCUACUUACUUCUGAAAUUUCGCGUUCGCAAUUAUUUUGAAAAUAGUACACCAGAUUUUUGUUGGUUUUUUUUUUCUUUCAAUAUUUUUCCUUGUAAUAU